UUGACUCAGUCGGCAUUGGUUGCGCCGCGAGUGUCACCGCGGCGAACGCGGCGUGACGGCGACUGUCUGACCGCUGAGAGAAAUACUGGGAAGGAGCUGUGCGGAGCCGCUCGCUGUUCAAGAGUCACUCGCCGGCCGCCAUAGACUCCGCCUGGAGUUGCUCGCUGUCCGAAAUUACUCGCCGGCCGCCCCAGACCCCGUCCUGAGUUACUCGCCGGCCGCCACAGGUUCCGUCCGGAACCCUCGCUGGUCGUCACAGUCCCCCGGUCGGAGUUACUCGCCGGCCGCCACAGCACUCCGCCCGCCACCAUGGUCGACCACUAUGCCGUCCUGGAGGUCUCCAAAACGGCCACCACCGAAGAAAUCAGGAGCUCGUUCCGCCGCCUGGCCAGGAAAUGGCACCCGGACAGGAACCCCAACAACCGGGAGGAGGCGUCCAAAAAGUUUCGCCAGCUCUCCGAGUCUUACGAAGUUCUCUCCAAAGGCGAGAAGCGUCGAAACUACGAUCGUGUCCAAGACCUGACAGGCGGCAGCGGGCUCGCUGAGAGCGUGCGAGUCGUUCUUGGUGACGGUCUAGGGGGAAGUGAGAUGCCUGGUUUCAGACAGUUCAUGCAGGACAUGGAAAAUGGCACCCUGCCAUCACAGCUCCAGCAACUUGUGUCUGGAUUGAAAGGGCUGGUCGACGGCUUGGACGUCUCAGAACUAGCCAGGGCGGCGAGCAGAAGCGCCAGAGAGACCAGAGAGACGUCUCCUAAAAAGUCCGACAGCGAAAGCGAAAGCGACAGCGACAGUGACAUCGAAGACAACGACGCUACCGCCGCCGCCGCGGCUGCCGAAGCGAGGUCCGCCGCGGCCCCCGACACCAAAGCUACUACCACCGCACCGGACGCCCCAAAAACAGCCACCACCACCGCCACUGCUACCGACCCUUCCAAAGCUGCUACCACAACCGCCGCCUCAGCUGAAUCUUCCAAAGCAACCGUCACAACCACCACGGCUGGCGGUGCAAAAACAACCGCCACAACCACCACUGCUGACGCAACUAAAACUUCCACCACCAAAACUGCCACCACAGCUUCCACCACCGCUGCCGACGCCCCCAAAACAACCGUUACAACCACCACGGCUGAUGCAGCCAAAACUUCCACUAGCAGUAGCACCGCCAGCACCACCACCGCCACCACAGGCGACUCAGCCAAAACACCCAACCCAGCCAAAACUUCCAACACAGCCGACGCAGCCAAAACAUCCAGCACAGCCGGCGCAGCCCAGACUUCCAGCACAGCCGCCGCCGGUGACCGUGACGCUGGCGCCGCGCGACUGUUGGCGGAGCGCCGCGAGAGGCUGGCGGCGGCUGCGGAGGCGCGGAUGAAGGCCAAUUCAGCAGAGGUGACUGAUAAAACAACGGAACGGAAGGCAGCGGCCGCUGCAGACCAGGACAGAGUGACCAGGAAAUCAGAUGGAGAACGAGCUGAAAAGAAGUCAAAAAGAGAUAAAACGGCAGAAAAGUCGAAAAGAGAGAGGAAGGCGGAGAGGACGGAUAAAGAUAAAGCGGCAAAAAACUCGGAAGGCAAAAGGUCGGCGAAAAAGGAUAGAGCGAUGUCAGAGGAGCGACAGGACAAGCAUAGAAAGGCAGAUAAGACGGACAGAGAGAGGAAAAGGAGAGACGAACGGAAGAAAGAGACUGAUGGCGCUGCGGCGAGUGCGCCGGCUGCGGCGGCGGGCUCGACGACGGGCUUGGCGGAGUGGAGCUGGCUGGACAAAGCGCUGCGCCGGGCAAUGGCAGACGGGCUGCAAGGCCUUCCCCCUGCCAACGGCGACCGUCAGCUGGGAGCAGACAUAGCCGCCGCCCUAGGUCGGGCAGCGGCUGAGGCCGGCAUCGGAGCUCCCCGCAGGCAACAGGAACAAAAGUUUAUCGGUAUUUCAUUGGACGUCAACCACUAUGAAGUUCUUGAAGUGCCACGCACUGCUACUAUUGACGAGAUCAAGACAGCGUACCGUCGUAUGGCGAGGCUAUGGCACCCAGACAAGCAUAGCAACAACAAGGAGGAGGCAUCGAAAAAGUUCCAGCAAAUUUCAGAUUCCUACAGCGUCCUGUCCAAUGAGACUAAACGAAGACUUUACGACCAGCUCACUGGCGCCUCGUCGUCUGACUAGAAACCCGUGCAAACUUUGCAGUGUGAUUGUGUCAUCCGCCGGGCCAUCCGUCUGCUCAUCGUUCGAAGAUGACGCCGUGUUCGUCUUACGCUAAGCGCUGGUGUUAAGACACGGUACAUAAGUUCCGAGCUGAGGAGUGGCGCCACUGGAAGAACCAAACUGCCUGUGCAAUCGCCAACUGUCGCCCGUGACCUGCGGUGUGAGCUGUAAAACACAUAAUGUGUCUACCCCGCCCCGUCCCUGGUCGCAGGAAGGGGGUGCUGGCUGCUGCUGACGUGUCGGAUGGCCGCGCUCCCGUACAGUGGGUGUACUGAGGUCCUGUUUGAUCGAACCCUACAUUUACCGAACAUUUACUGGGGCCAGGAACCGAGCCAUGGAACCAGGCCGACUGUCAUAGUGGGGUGUCAGGUUAUUUGAGAUGUCAUCUGUAAGAAUGGAGGCUCCGAUGUCUGCUGAUAAACCAUGAAUUAUGGUAUGUAAAUGAAAUGCUUACAGAGAAA